AUACGAAGGCAUCGCCUUCCGGGAGCUGCCUGCCGAGAUCUCUCCGCUUCGCUGCCCGCCUACCGAGAAGUGACCGACCGAGCGGGGGGAGAAAGAGGAGGAGCAGCAGAAGCAGCCAUGGCGGACAAGGCAGUGACCAUCCGGACCCGCAAGUUCAUGACCAACCGGCUUCUCUCCAGGAAGCAGUUCGUCAUUGAUGUACUUCAUCCUGGAAGACCCAAUGUCUCCAAGGCGGAGCUGAAGGAGAAGCUCGGAAACAUGUAUGAUGUGAAGGACCGAAACUCCAUCUUUGUGUUCAAGUUCCGGACUCAUUUUGGAGGUGGGAAAUCUACUGGCUUUGGUUUGAUCUAUGAUUCAGUUGAGACUGCCAAGAAGUAUGAGCCCAAGUACAGACUCAUCAGGAAUGGACUUGAUACCAAGGUAGAGAAGUCGAGAAAGCAAAUGAAGGAAAGAAAGAAUAGAGCCAAGAAAAUCCGUGGAGUAAAGAAGACUAAAGCAGGCGAUGCUGCCAAGGGAGGGAAGAAGAAGUGAGCAUCUAGAGUCUUGUUGAUUCUGAAGUCUAGGAUAUGGGAGUCAAUUUCAAUUGCAAUAUGUUCCCUUGUUAGGACGUAGCUAUGGAGUGAAUUGUUUGUUUCUGCUGUUCAAUCCGGUGUUUAGUCGGUUUACGAAUUUUGACUGUUCUGUGGAGGACGAAAUUUUAGAAACAGAGAUGAAGAGGCUUUGAGAGAAUGUUCUUGCUUUUGUUAAAGAUACUUAGUGAUCAAAGCUCCUGUAAUUUUUGGUCUUCGGGAAAGGACUCCCCUCGUUUCUUCUCGUUUUA